AUGCCUUCGGAUUUCCUAAGCCCUUUUGUGGAGUUGGAGGAUGCUCUUUGCAAGACUUUCCUGAGCCUGAAUGUGGACGGAGAUGUCCGAGCCCAAACCCGGACCCCUCCGGGUUUCCACCGCGCCCUUUCGGCUUGCCCUGUGGCCCUCUUGUCUUCUGACGACGAUGCCAUCGCAUUGUGUGCCGCCUCCGACCAAAACGAUAUUGCGUGGCCCAGUCGGGGUCCUUGGGGCCGGGACCCUGAGCUUCCCCGCACCGUCCUGCACGACCUCCCAUUCCGAGCGGACCGUUCAGUGAGUCUGAUCGAGGGCAAAGGGACCUCGUCAUCGUCGUCGUCGUCAUCAUCGUCCCGCUACAAGACGGAGCUGUGCCGCACCUUCGAGGAGAGCGGCUCCUGUAAGUACGGUGCCAAGUGCCAGUUUGCCCAUGGGUCCGGCGAACUGCGCGGCCUCAGCCGGCACCCCAAGUACAAGACGGAGCCGUGCCGUACAUUCCACACAUCCGGAAUCUGUCCGUAUGGGGCCCGGUGCCACUUCAUCCACAAUGCGGAGGAGCGCCGGACACCUCCUGAAAUGCCAUGCCACUUUUCUUCACUUCUGUGCCGUGCCGAUAUGGAGACCCUUCCUUCUCCCCAAAACCUCGAUUUCCCCAAAGCCUUCCUCCCUUGUGGUCAGCCUUCCGUGGCUUGCAACAUAGUGACCUCCAACCCAUUCGCCUUCCCGAACUUCUUGGCGCUCCAGAAGAGUCUUUCUGCGGAUUCACUCUCGGACGUUGAAGAUUCGGGGAGUUCCGUCGGAAGCAGCGGCUCCGAGUCGCCGGGAUUGGGGCUUUCGGGGCGCCGGCUCCCCAUCUUUAGCCAGCUCUCUGUUUCGGAUGACUGAAAGGUUCA